CUGUGGCCGAGUUGUUACUUUAGUUGCUUACAAUUUGUUGUACUGGACGUUACAGUUUAAUGUUGACAAAAAUCAAAUAUUUAGUGGGUGUUGUUUAGAAAUCAAAUAAGAGAUUGAAAAGUGCAGUCUCGAAGAUGGCAAGACCAGUAUUGCAGACGGGUUCAUCCGCGGCCGUUUCUAGUCAUAGAAUAAGCAUGAGUUUCAUUUGCCUCGUCACUAUGAUUUUAUUAGGACUUCCAAUUGCACAUUCCCAGCGUGAACAGACACCGCGAUUCUACGUCGAGAAUAACGUCUUUAAUAUUUUAGUGGACGCUACCCAACUUUUCCAUUUAAUGCAAGUUGGCGAAUUUAACACAACUUUAGAAGUGACGAGCAAAGUACAAUAUCCUGAUUUAGUGCAGCUAGUGCCCUCUAGUGUCACAAUACCGAAGUCGGAAAAUCCCAAUGCAAGCGCAGUGUUGUCGUAUGAAAUAUCCGCAUAUGCAAAGAGCCCAGGGCAUACUUAUGUUACUUUUGAUGCCACACCUACUGGAUUUGUUGACAUGGAACAAGUAUUUCUCCGUAUAACAGUGAUGCAUUCGCGUAUCAUUCUAAUAAUCUCAGAAAUCAUGGGUUGGGUUUACUUUAUAGCCUGGUCGGUCUCGUUCUACCCUCAGAUCUAUAUAAACUUCAAACGGAAGAGCGUCGUUGGACUUAAUUUUGACUUCUUGGCACUGAACAUCAUGGGUUUCACUUUGUAUUCUGUGUUCAAUUGCGGAUUGUUUUUCUCUAAGGCAAUUCAGGCCGAGUACUUCGAAAGACAUCCUCGAAGUCUUAACCCAGUACAAUUGAACGACGUUUUCUUCUCUCUCCAUGCUGCCUUCGCUACCAUCGUCACUAUUGCACAAUGCUUUAUCUACGAGCGCGAGGACCAAAGAGUGUCAAUGGUAGGACGAGGUAUUCUAACAGUAUUCGGUGGCAUCGUGAUCGUGACGGCCAGUCUUGGAGCCGCUGACAAGCUCGAAUGGCUCGACUUCAUUGGUUACUGCAGCUACAUCAAACUGUGCAUCACACUCAUCAAGUAUGUGCCACAGGCCUACAUGAACUACAAACGCAAAUCCACGGUAGGUUGGUCCAUCGGUAACAUCUUCCUGGACUUCACGGGUGGUCUCCUAUCAAUUCUCCAAAUGAUGCUCAAUGCCUACAAUUAUCAAGACUGGGUAUCUUUCUUUGGUGACGCAACGAAAUUCGGCCUGGGAUUGUUCAGUUUGAUAUUUGACAUCUUCUUCAUGCUACAACACUAUGUCUUCUACAGAGAUGGCAAGAAUUUAGUGAGUGACAGUAGUGAGGAGGAACUUAACAUUUUGACUACGAAAAGUGUUGACGGGAGAGAGUACUUUUUGGUCAUCGAUAACUGGCAUGCCGAUCAAAAGAAGUAUGAUUUGGAAGGGAAGGCGUGAACGACUCAGCACUUAAGACGUCAAUUAACAUUUGGCAACCAGAAGUAUUGAAAAUUCCGUCUACGGGAUCUGUUUACAAUUUCGUUAUACAUCUUACACUUUUUGCCAUCGAAUUUUUUUAGCGAAAUAUUUUUUUUUUGUAUUUAAAUAGUAUUACUAUUUAACGCGCUUAUCCUAAUUUUGAUCUUAUCUUUUUUUCCAUUAUACAAAACAAAAUAAGUAGACAUCCAAUGUUGUAG